AUGGAAUUAGGCGCUGUUUGUUGUACACCAAAACAACCGAAUUGUCCGAAAUGUCCAAUGAAUAAAGUUGGCUUAUGCGGUUCAUUUAAACGAACAAUAGAAACUUUGAAAAAUAAAAAGUUAUCAAAAGAAAUUGAUGUGGAAAAUUGUCAUCUGUGUAUUGAUUCGGGUGUUUAUCAAAAAAGUCUUGGUGUAAUGAAUUAUCCAGUUAAAUUGAAUAAGCGGGAACCUCGUAAACAAAACACCAUUGUCAUAGUGACACAUACAACGAUAUUAGAAAAUGGAGUAAAUAAAGAUGUUUACCUGCUUCUUCAAAGACCUAAAACAGGCCUAUUAGCUGGUUUAUGGGAAUUUCCAAGUUAUACCAUUGAAACAUUGAACAGUGAGAAUAAUGAUAUUUUAAAAGUGAAAAAUCAAUGUUCAAUAGAUGAUGAGAUUCAAUCAUUUAUACCAUUAGCUGUUGAACAAAUUAAAAAGGCAUUGGAAUCUGAUUCAUCUAAUAGUCGGCUGCCGUACAAUGAUUUAAGUGUAAAAUCGAUUGGAGAGGUUGUACAUAUCUUCUCUCAUAUACACAUGAAAUAUAUCGUGUUCACUUUAAAACUUGACGAAAAGCCUCUAUCCGAUAUCAUCGAAGAGGUUGUGUGGCCGCCUCUUCUGAAUUUUGGACGAUGGGUUAGCCUAGAAGAUUUACAGACUUCUGCUAUUUCUACUGCAACUAAAAAGAUAUUCGCUCAUUUUGAAAAUUAUUCAAAGACAUCCAAUGGAGAGGUUGUUGAAAAACGCCGUAAAGUUGGCAGAAGGCAUUCAACGAAGACGACGUCAUUAACAGAUUCGAAACAAUCGAAACUGGACAAUUUCUUUCGAUAA